GAGACUGAGCGGCAGAGUUGGAUACUAAUAGCCUCGCACAGCUAUUACACAGUGACAGAUCUCAGAGACAAAGACCACCAUUGCACCCACCACAAAACAAAGUAAAGGGAAGCAGAGAAAAGGAACAAGAAACCGAAAACCAGGCCAGCUGACGAAAACAUCACAUCACAGUUUUUUUUGUGGUGAAAAUUAUCAGGAUACGGAUCAACUAUUCAUAAAGGAUUCAAGAUUGAGGACAUUUUAUCUUGUAAGCACCUUGGAACAGAGAAGAUGAAGAGCAAACAUCUACAAACCAACUUCCUGUGCUGGUAGUAAGGCAGCUAUUGAGUAAACCCCUCAUGCAAAGAAUCCAGCAUACCUUACUGAGAGGAUAAAGAAGGCAAGCUGAUGUGGUUCGCUCAUGCAGAUGUUUACGUGUGAGCACUUGCUGUACUUUGAGAGUAGGAUUACGCAACAUCUGAACGGUAAGACACCGUGUAAUGUACACACACUGGAUUUGUAUACUUCUUUAUGGAUCUUCUGAGGUUUGACAGAUACACUCACUUGUUUUAAGCCAAAAGAAUCAUUGAUGAUGACUGAGAGGAGCAACUGCACAAACGAUAGCUUCAAAUAUGUGUUAUACAGCUCUGUUUUCAGCAUUGUCUUCAUCCUUGGGCUGCUCUUCAACAUGGUGGCCAUAUACAUUUUUGUUUGCAGACUGAAAAUGCGCAAUGAGACUACAACCUACAUGCUGAACCUUGUGGUCUCGGACUCCCUUUUUGUCGUUAGUUUGCCUUUCAGGGCAUUUUACUUCAUCAACCGCCAAUGGCCUUUUGGUGAUGCUCUCUGCAAAAUCUCAGUGACGUUGUUCUACACCAACAUGUACGGCAGCAUCCUCUUCCUCACGUGCAUCAGCGUUGACCGAUUCCUGGCAAUCGUUUAUCCUUUUGCAUCAAGAAGGCUGAGGACCAAGCGUAACGCCAAAAUAGCCUGCGGUGUAAUCUGGGCGGUUCUUCUGUCAGGAGGUCUCACUGCAGGAUUCGUAAUGGACAUCACUUCACAUAAAAACGAGACGUACUGUUUUGAAAACUACUCCAAAUCUCAGUGGAAGUCCCAGGUUUCAAAAGUUGUGGUGUUUAUGGAGACGGUGGGCUUCCUGAUUCCACUAAUGAUCAACUUUAUCUGCUCCGUGAAGGUCUUGCAGACUUUACGACACCCCGAGGUCAUCAGUCGAGGAGGGCAGCUCAACAAAGCCAAGAUCUUACGCAUGAUCGUGGUGCACUUGCUCAUCUUCUGUUUCUGCUUCAUCCCAUUCAAUGUCAAUCUGGUCUUCUACACCCUGGUCCGAAGUGAGGUUAUACAGAACUGCACCGUGGAGACAGUGGUCCGGACAAUUUAUCCUAUCGCAUUCUGCAUUGCGGUGACUAACUGCUGCUUUGACCCGGUGAUCUAUUAUUUCACCUCGGAGACCAUUCAGAAUUCAAUGAAACGAAAAUCGUAUGGUGUACACAAAAACACGUUAAACAACACUAUUGACAACAGUGAUUACAACGGAAGGGGGACGAUUGAUAAAAUCACAUCUCUUAAAGCCAAAUUCAUGAUUGAAGAGUCUACAAUAUGACCAAAGAUAGGUUUUAUACAAUUUUUGUGGCAGGUUUUCCUCUGACAUUUAGCAUUUAGGUUUUGGACAGGAUAUAGCAGACUGAUUCACUCAUUCAUUUUCUUGUCGGCUUAGUCCCUUCAUUAAUCUGGGGUCGCCACAGCGGAAUGAACCGCCAACUUAUCCAGCAUUUUCUUUAUGCAGCAGUUGCCCUUCCAGCCGCAACCUAUCUCUUGGAAACAUCCACACACACUCAUUCACACUACGGACAAUUUAGCCUACCCAAUUCACCUGCACCGCAUGUCUUUGGACUGUAGGGGAAACCGGAGCACCCGGAACCCACGCAAACGCAGGGAGAACAAGCAAACUCCACACAGAAAUGCUAACUGACCAAGCCGAGGCUCGAACCAGUGACCUUCUUGCUGUGAGGCGACAGCACUACCUACUGCGCCACUGCGUUGCCUAGCAGACUGAUAACUAUCUGAAAACUGUUUAUUAGUUUUAUACUUUUUUAUACUGUAUUUUUACUGCAUUAGAUCAUCUAGAUCACAAUGCAAGUCUAUAAUAACAAUCGAGCAAUAAUAUGAACAUACUAUUGAUACACAUCAAUUCAUGUUUGGUCAUCCUGAUGUCAAUUAAAGUAACUAUUUUUUGAAGGCACCUACUGAAAUGUCAUACAGUGCUCAGCAUUAUUGAGUACACCCUGGUUUGAAAAAGAAUAUUUGUAUCCAUUUCUCAGUGAAUAUAGGCAAUGUAUUUUGGUGCAUUUAAACAAAACAGAUUUAUUAAACAAAUAUAUUUAUUAAAAUAAUAUUUUUGUCACCAAACAUUUAAAAAUUGAAAGAAAAUAUAAUUAAAUUCAAGCUAAAUAGUGCAACCUACAAAAUUUCAACUAAAUUUUUUAAUUUUUUUUGCUUCUUUUGAUUUUUCCUCUUUUUUUCAUUUGUAUUUAAUAUUUUUUUAUAACAUAUAAAUUUGGGUGUACUAGUUUUUGGAUCAUUAAGUUAUUUUGUUAGAUAAGUUACAGAUUUGGCUUCAAUACUGACUAAUCUAAUGUACUGUAUAUGUACAAAUAUAAUAUUGUAUAUCGUCAUAUUAAAAAUAUGAAUUUAAAAGAUAGAUUUGUGAAGGGUGUACUUAUAUAUGCUGAGCACUGUAUUUAGGACAAUGAUUUAGUUGCAUAUGAAAACAGUGUUCAUGGAUAACAGUAGCGCAAACCGCUGCAUCACUCAUUUGUCAGCAAGGAGUUUAUGUGUUAUUUAACUGAAGAAAUGUUAUUUCAUUGUAAUAUGUAGAAACUGACAUUUUUCUAAAUGAAUAAAUGGUGUAAGACUCAUGCUAUUUUAAAUUGAAAUGACCAACGUUAACCUUACUAUAAAGUGUUACCAUCGAAAUCUGAAUCCAUUUUUGUUUUACAUGUAAAUAAAUGUAUUAAUACUGUCAUAUAGACCAUUAGAGCUGCCAGUCAUUCGUAACACAACAGUUCCCAUAAAGUGUUUCCACAUGUCUUUCUAUGUUUAUUCCUGGGAAAUUUAAUCUGCUAACAUUGUUUUCCGGGCCUUGACCUGAUUAAGAUAAACAAAUUCAAUUAUAUAUCUGCUCAGAUGAUAAACAGUAAGCGGAAUAGGGAGUGACCAUAGAGAAAGAUGACAUCAAGUCUAAAGAUUAUAUCAGGGUUUGUCUUUGUAGAAAAUUAAGCUGAUGACGAACAGUUGUGCAGGGUGUGCCCGAGAUUUUUUUUUUUUUGUUUGGAAUGUAACGUAGCAACUGAAAAUAAGAAAUAGCAACAUUUCUCAUAAUAUUUCUUUUUUUUUAAAUAUCUUUUUAAAUUCAGUUUUAAAAAGUGACCCUAAAUGAAAAGUGCAAGCCUACAUUUCUGGAUUGCUGAACAGGACUGAACGAGCCCUGCUACUUCACUAGCACUGCAUUCCUUGGGUAAUUACAUGCCUGAAGGACUUGCUCCAAACACUCACAAACCAUACCUCUAAAGGGCAUUUCAAACAGCCAGUAGGUUUUGCAUAUAUGCUUCACACAGAAUUUUACGGCCUCUUGUGUAUAUACAUUUUCCCACACAAGGCAGAGCUCAACUGACAUGAGCUGGUAAAACACUGGAUAAAAAUGUUGCUGCAUUUCAAAUGAAAGCUGUUACAGUACUUCUUUUUUUCUUCAAGUAACUCCAAAUAAAACGAGCCUGUCCCAAUAACUGCA